AUGGGUUCCGAUGCUGAUAUGGAGGAUUAUGGUUUUGAGUACUCGGACGAGGAGCCUGAGGAACAGGACGUUGAUAUUGAGAAUCAAUACUACAACUCUAAAGGCUUGGUUGAGACGGACCCGGAAGCAGCACUCGAAGGUUUUGGAGAGGUGGUUCGUAUGGAACCCGAAAAAGCUGAAUGGGGAUUUAAAGCUUUAAAACAGACAGUUAAGCUUUACUAUAAGCUUGGGAAAUACAAAGAAAUGAUGGAUGCUUACAGAGACAUGUUGACUUAUAUUAAAUCUGCAGUGACUAGAAAUUACAGCGAGAAAUGCAUAAAUAAUAUCAUGGAUUUCAUUUCUGGGUCUGCUGGCCAAAACUUUAGCCUUCUACAAGAGUUCUAUCAGACGACAUUGAAGGCCCUUGAAGAGGCAAAGAAUGAGAGACUAUGGUUUAAAACAAAUCUGAAGUUGUGCAAAAUAUGGUUUGACAUUGGGGAAUAUGGACGGAUGAGUAAGAUUCUGAAGGAGCUUCACAAAUCUUGUCAAAAAGAAGAUGGUUCUGACGAUCAGAAGAAAGGUACACAAUUGCUGGAAGUCUAUGCUAUUGAGAUCCAAAUGUACACUGAGACUAAAAACAACAAAAAGCUGAAGGAACUAUAUCAAAAGGCACUGACGGUGAAAUCUGCUAUACCUCAUCCGAGAAUCAUGGGGAUAAUUCGUGAGUGUGGUGGAAAAAUGCAUAUGGCUGAGCGGCAGUGGGCGGAGGCGGCUACAGAUUUCUUUGAAGCUUUCAAGAACUAUGAUGAAGCUGGGAAUCAGAGGCGCAUUCAGUGCUUAAAAUAUUUGGUGUUGGCAAAUAUGCUGAUGGAAUCCGAGGUCAACCCGUUUGAUGGUCAAGAAGCAAAGCCGUACAAAAAUGAUCCUGAGAUUCUAGCAAUGACAAACCUGAUUGCUGCUUAUCAGAGGAAUGAGAUUUUGGAAUUUGAGAAAAUACUUAAGAGUAACAGGAGGACUAUAAUGGAAGAUCCGUUUAUUCGAAACUAUAUUGAAGAUCUUCUGAAGAAUGUGAGAACACAAGUGUUGCUCAAGCUCAUCAAGCCUUACACGAGAAUUCGAAUCCCCUUCAUAUCCAAGGAGCUUAAUGUGCCAGAGAAGGAUGUUGAGGAGUUACUGGUGUCACUUAUAUUGGACAAUAGGAUAGAUGGGCACAUUGAUCAAGUUAAUCGGCUUUUGGAACGCGGAGACAGGUCAAAGGGAAUGAAAAAGUACACGGCGAUAGACAAAUGGAACACACAACUUAAAUCCCUCUACCAAACUGUGGGAAACCGAGUGUGUUAA